CCGGCGGGACUUGUUGGACCGGCAGCUCCCCGGCGCGGCCGGGCACCGCCUCGCCGCCACCUGUGAAGCGCCCGUCUCGGCACACAGCCCCCGCUCCCGGCUCGCCGUCCCCUCCGGAGCGGGCGCUCGGCGCUUCGGCGGCGCCGCCAGCCGGACCGAGCGGGCGCGGAGCGGGGAGCGCUGCCCAUGGGGCGCCGGGAGCCCGCCUGAACCGGCGCCCUCACCCCGGCGGCAGCGGCAGCGCGGCACCCCCGGCCCGCCCGGCACCCCCGGCCCGCGGGGCCUUUGAUGCGCUCCCGGAGCGGCCGCGGCUGCGGGCGCGGGGCCGUCGCGUCCCCCGGCGGCACAGAGGGAGGGGCGGGAGCCGGCGGCGCCGCUGCGCGUGUGGGAGCAACAGCCUGAGCGACAGCCGGGCCCUGGAGGGAGCUCCCGAAGGAUGGGCGAGGAGGCGGCGGCAGCGGCAGCGCACGCACAGAUGGGCCAGCGGAGGAUGAAUUAGGAGCCACAGGAGGCUGCUGCUGGCACCGAGGGGGGAAGAAGAGAGGAAGGGGCUGGACUUGAAAGAGGAGGAGGAGGAGGAGGGUGCGCGGGGAGGGGGUGACUGAGUAUCGCUGAUAACAAGUUAAAGACUAAUAACAAUAAUAAGAGACCACCUCCGGGAGGAUCUGCGGUGGAGGCUGAGUGAGGGAUCCCCGCUGAGGCCAGCGGGGUCGCAGCGCUGGGUAUCUCGGAGAGACGCUCAGAGGCAUCAGUUUGUGGUGACUCGUCCUCCUCCCCCGUCAAUGUGCCCAAGAUGGAUGCGCUCAUCAUCCCGGUGACCAUGGAGGUGCCCUGCGAUAGCCGCGGACAGCGCAUGUGGUGGGCUUUCCUCGCCUCAUCCAUGGUUACUUUCUUUGGGGGACUGUUUAUCAUCCUGCUGUGGAGGACCCUCAAGUACCUGUGGACUGUCUGCUGCCACUGCGGGGUCAAAAACAAGGAGGCCCAGAAGAUCAAUGGUGGUGGAGAUACACAGGCAGAUGGAGCCUGCAAACCAACAGAUGAAAAAGAGGAGAAUGUGGCAGCAGAAGUGGGAUGGAUGACGUCUGUGAAGGAUUGGGCAGGAGUCAUGAUAUCUGCCCAGACAUUAACUGGCAGAGUACUUGUUGUCUUAGUCUUCGCUCUUAGUAUUGGUGCUCUUGUAAUAUACUUCAUAGAUUCAUCAAACCCAAUAGAAUCCUGCCAGAAUUUCUACAAAGAUUUCACAUUACAGAUCGACAUGGCUUUCAAUGUGUUCUUCCUACUCUACUUCGGCUUGCGUUUUAUAGCAGCCAAUGACAAGCUAUGGUUUUGGCUAGAAGUUAACUCAGUGGUAGACUUCUUCACGGUCCCUCCAGUGUUUGUGUCAGUAUAUUUAAACAGAAGUUGGCUUGGUUUAAGAUUUUUAAGAGCCCUUAGACUGAUACAGUUUUCAGAAAUCUUGCAGUUUCUGAAUAUACUUAAAACAAGUAAUUCCAUCAAGCUGGUGAAUCUGUGCUCUAUAUUUAUCAGCACGUGGCUGACAGCAGCUGGGUUCAUACAUUUGGUGGAGAACUCAGGGGAUCCAUGGGAAAAUUUCCAAAAUAAUCAACCGCUAACAUACUGGGAAUGUGUUUAUUUGCUGAUGGUUACAAUGUCCACCGUUGGCUAUGGAGAUGUUUAUGCAAAAACAACCCUUGGUCGCCUUUUCAUGGUCUUCUUCAUCCUUGGGGGAUUGGCCAUGUUUGCCAGCUACGUCCCUGAAAUCAUAGAGUUAAUAGGAAACCGCAAGAAAUAUGGUGGUUCCUAUAGUGCGGUUAGUGGAAGAAAGCACAUAGUUGUCUGUGGUCACAUAACACUUGAAAGUGUGUCGAACUUCCUGAAGGACUUCCUGCACAAGGAUAGGGAUGAUGUCAAUGUAGAAAUCGUCUUUCUGCAUAAUAUCUCCCCUAACCUUGAGCUGGAAGCUCUUUUUAAACGACACUUCACUCAGGUGGAAUUUUAUCAGGGUUCAGUCCUUAAUCCCCAUGACCUGGCGAGAGUGAAGAUAGAGUCAGCAGAUGCGUGCCUAAUCCUUGCCAAUAAAUACUGCGCUGACCCAGAUGCUGAAGAUGCCUCCAAUAUUAUGAGAGUUAUUUCCAUAAAGAAUUAUCAUCCGAAGAUAAGAAUUAUCACUCAGAUGUUGCAGUACCACAAUAAGGCCCAUCUACUAAAUAUCCCAAGCUGGAACUGGAAAGAAGGGGAUGAUGCAAUCUGUCUUGCUGAGCUGAAGCUGGGUUUCAUAGCCCAGAGCUGCCUGGCACCGGGCCUUUCCACAAUGUUAGCCAACCUCUUCUCUAUGAGGUCCUUCAUAAAGAUUGAGGAGGAUACGUGGCAGAAAUACUACCUGGAAGGAGUUGCAAAUGAAAUGUAUACAGAAUAUCUGUCUAGUGCCUUUGUGGGUUUGUCCUUCCCUGCAGUUUGUGAGCUGGUGUUUGCCAAGCUGAAGCUCUUGAUGAUAGCCAUCGAGUACAAGUCGGAGAAGCGCGAGAGCAGAAGCCGAAAGCGUAUAUUAAUCAAUCCUGGAAACCACGUCAAGAUUCAAGAAGGUACCUUAGGAUUCUUCAUUGCAAGUGAUGCCAAAGAAGUAAAAAGGGCAUAUUUUUACUGCAAGGCCUGUCAUGAUGACAUCACAGAUCCCAAAAGGAUAAAAAAAUGUGGCUGCAAACGGCCCAAGAUGUCCAUCUACAAGAGAAUGAGACUGGCAUGUUGUUUUGAUUGCGGACGCUCUGAGCGUGACUGCUCUUGCAUGUCAGGCAGUGUACAUAGUAACAUGGACACCCUUGAGAGAGCCUUCCCACUUUCUUCUGUCUCUGUUAAUGAUUGCUCCACCAGUUUACGUGCCUUUGAAGAUGAGCAGCCGUCGACACUAUCACCCAAAAAAAAGCAGCGAAAUGGAGGCAUGCGAAAUUCACCCAACUCCUCACCCAAACUGAUGAGGCAUGACCCCUUGUUAAUUCCUGGCAAUGAGCAGAUUGACAAUAUGGAUGCCAACGUGAAAAAAUACGACUCUACAGGGAUGUUUCAUUGGUGUCCAGCCAAAGACAUCGAAAAGGUCAUUUUGACUCGAAGUGAAGCAGCGAUGACAGUUUUAAGUGGGCAUGUAGUCGUUUGCAUAUUUGGGGAUGUUAAAUCUGCUUUGAUUGGAUUAAGAAAUUUAGUGAUGCCAUUACGAGCCAGCAACUUUCACUACCAUGAACUCAAGCACAUUGUGUUUGUGGGUUCACUUGAAUACCUGAGAAGGGAAUGGGAGACACUGCAUAACUUCCCCAAGGUUUCAAUCUUGCCUGGUACGCCAUUAAGUCGGGCUGAUUUAAGGGCUGUCAACAUCAACCUCUGCGACAUGUGCGUUAUCCUGUCAGCCAAUCAGAAUAAUAUUGAUGAUGCUUCGCUGCAGGACAAGGAAUGCAUCUUGGCGUCACUCAACAUCAAAUCUAUGCAGUUUGAUGACAGCAUUGGGGUCUUGCAGGCUAAUUCCCAAGGCUUUACACCUCCAGGGAUGGAUAGGACAUCUCCAGACAAUAGUCCAGUCCAUGGCCUUUUACGUCAACCCUCCAUUACAACAGGAGCCAAUAUCCCUAUUAUAACAGAGCUAGCUAAGCCUGGCAAACUUCUGCCUUUGGUUUCAAUCAGUCAGGAAAAAAACAGUGGAACCCACAUUCUAAUGAUAACUGAACUGGUAAAUGAUUCAAAUGUUCAGUUCUUGGACCAAGAUGAUGAUGAUGAUCCCGACACAGAACUGUAUCUCACGCAGCCUUUUGCUUGUGGAACCGCAUUUGCUGUCAGCGUGCUGGACUCCCUCAUGAGCGCAACAUACUUCAAUGACAAUAUCCUCACACUGAUACGGACAUUGGUAACAGGAGGAGCCACACCAGAGCUGGAAGCACUGAUUGCUGAGGAAAAUGCAUUGAGAGGAGGUUACAGCACGCCCCAGACACUUGCAAACAGGGACAGGUGUCGAGUUGCUCAGUUGGCUUUGUAUGAUGGGCCAUUUGCAGACCUAGGGGACGGAGGUUGUUAUGGAGAUCUCUUUUGUAAAGCACUGAAAACAUACAAUAUGCUUUGCUUUGGAAUUUAUCGAUUAAGGGAUGCACAUCUAAGUACUCCCAGCCAAUGCACUAAACGUUAUGUUAUCACAAACCCACCGUAUGAAUUCGAGCUUGUGCCGACGGACUUGAUCUUCUGUUUGAUGCAAUUUGACCACAACGCUGGCCAGUCCCGAGCCAGCCUUUCUCAUUCCUCCCAUUCCUCCUACUCUUCCAGCAAGAAGAGCUCAUCAGUUCACUCCAUCCCAUCGACAGCCAACCGACCGAACCGCACCAAGAGCAGAGAUUCCCGGGACAAACAGAAUGCAACAAGGAUGAAUAGAAUGGGCCAAGCAGAAAAGAAAUGGUUUACAGAUGAGCCGGAUAAUGCCUAUCCCAGAAACAUUCAAAUCAAGCCCAUGAGCACUCACAUGGCCAAUCAGAUCAAUCAAUACAAAUCGACAAGCAGCUUGAUACCACCAAUACGAGAAGUUGAAGAUGAAUGUUGACUCCUUCGAAGCCAGAACUAUUUUUAUAAAGCCUGACAAACUUCAUGAAUGGUGAUGUGACAUUUAUUCCUCUUACUUGCUGAACCACUGAUGGAGAAGUUAAGAAGGGCACGCUUAAUGGGAAAAUAAAGUAGACAGAUCUUUGUUUGUCUGCCUUUAAUAUUGCUUCCACGUAUUUUGGAAACUAUUUCAUUUAUAAAUGAACAUAAUCAAAACUAGUUCAUGUAUAGCCUCUAGCAUUUUAAAUUAUUUUUAUUUAUUAGAAAAAAAUAUAUUUUUCUUUUCUUUUUCAUUGUUAAGUAUUUUCCCUUUUAAAAAUGGCAUAUGUGGCCAGACUCCUAAGAAUUAAAAAAACCCAACAAACCCUCAGUCUUUGGCUUAAAGGAGAAUGAUGGUCACAGUUAUAAGGAUAUGUAAUUAAGGGAGACAAAUGAUAUAUUUACAAAAAAGAAAAAAGGUCCAACUUGUAUUUUAGUAAAUCAAAAAAAAAAACCCAAGAAAAAAACCCUACACUUCACCAAAAUGUUUCUUUAUUGGAAGAUGUGUAUUUUGUUCAGCAUUGACACCAGCUCUUAAUAAAUUGAACUUAUUUAUUUUCAGAGUUGAAAGUCAUAUUUUUGUACAUGUAACAUUCUUCAGAAAUGCUCUUUGUUUUAUGAACAUAUAGAGAUCACCUUGGCUGUGUGGAGGUGCAGUAACCCCUGGCUGUGCCCUGCCCCUCUGACAGUGGCACCACGGGAGCACGAUGGGACACAGGCACAGGGAAUGCCACCCCCAGCCAGGGCCAGGGGCUUGCAGGGCACUUGCUAGGAAUGGCAAACCUGGCAAUUGCACUUCACUUCCCAUCAGCCAUCAGCAGUUGCUCAUUUCAGGAAGGCAAGCUUGGCAAUUCUUCUUCUUUUGCCAUUAUUACAGUGAUUUAAUCCAGAGUGCAUAAAAUUGUGCAUGGAAGCAUCAGUUAUAAAGCAUCUAAUCUACCACAUUUUGUUACUUCCUUACUUCAGAAGUGCUGAUGGCCUUUCAUUGGUCUGAGAUGGUACAAAUUCUUCCUGAUAUGUACAGAGAUUUAGCUCCAGAGCCUUGCACUUUAGUAAAAGCUCAUACCCUGGUAAAGGGCACACUGAAUGUCCUUUUGGUUAAUUCAGUCUGGGAUAAAAACUGGUUUAGCUCCAGCUCUACAAUCUCACAACAUGCUGUACUCAGUUAAUUCCUAUAAUAAGCAACAUCUUAUUUUAGCAGUUGGUUUUCUGGGUUUUUUUCCUUUUAUUUAUUUUUACUUUGCUGGGACACCACACACAAAAGUACAGUAAAAACCAAAUAAAAAUAAUAAAAGUGAUGAAUGUAUUUAUUAUGAUAACAUGCAAAAGGCCUUUGAUGGGUGCCUUUUGUGUCAGCAGUUUCACAAAGUUGCCAACAAGCUUUAUAGCCAUCAGACAAAAAUGUGAUGUUUCAUAUCUGUGCUGCAGUAUCCACCCACCCAAGCGUUUAUGUUCUAAAUGAUUUAGUUACUCUCUCUAUCUCAAAUAAGCAACAUGUGACACAAUUGUGUGGAAACAAAAAAAAAAAAAAGGAAAGGCUGUGAUAGUAGGGAAACAAAAACCAAAACCACAAAACCAGUGUCAUCAGGAAAAGCAGAUUUUCAUCGUGCAAGUUAACUUUAGGCUUUGUAAUUUUGCAGAAUUGUUAAACACCACAAUUAAACAUACCGUGGUAUUUUUAUCAUUAGAGAAAUAUCAGUGAAUCAAACAAAUACAAAGCAGAUGAUGAAUUUAUUGUGAAAACAAUGAUGUCCACUAUGUAAUCCAACAUUUAAGCCAAACUAUCUCAGCUUUAAUGUUUGUCCACUGGCUGCAGUACAAGUAUAACCAUACUAACACCUAAUAGGCUUUAUUCUGGAGUGACUUCUUGGACUGUGACUAUUUUGUUGUUACAUUUUGUAGAAUAGCUAUUUAAAGACAAUAAUGAGAAUUGUUAAUACAGUAUCUGUAAAAUUGGAUUGUUUAAAAUAUUUCACUCUCCUACAGAGUAACAAAACAAUACAAGCAGUUUUUCAUUAUUACUUAGAUGCAUGUUUAAUGCAUUUCACAGUCCCCAAAAGAGAAGAUAAUUCCAGUGAGUUCUUCCAACAUAUGCUGCUUCAGCUAGUGACACGCUAUAAUUUACAUCCAGUCUCUGCAUUGGGUCAUGUUAAGCCUUUUCUUUGAAGUCAGUGCUCCUUUUUCAUUUAUGAACUGCAUUCAUAUUACAACCAGAAUGAAAAAAGCUGGUCCUGAGUACAGGAGAAUUGUAGAAAUUUGUGUUCAACCUCACCAAAUACAUAUGAAUUUUGUUUUUCCUGAGAAGACUGGUGUUUACUCUAGGGGCAUAGAACAUUAUGUCUUAUACUUUAUCAUAUACAGUGCCACUUCUGAGUGUCCUUCCUUCAGAAGUGAACAUUCACUGGGUAAAACAUACUAAUGAGUCAAAUACAGCACCCCUACAUUGCUGAGGUUUGUGUGUGUCUGUCCAAUUUAACAGUCACACCCCGAAAUGCCAUGCUAUUGUUUGUAAAUAAAGGAUAAGACUGAACACAUUCAUGGGCUUUUCUAGCACAGAGAGCUCCAUAUGCAAUGGUUGAUAAAACAACACCCACAGAGAGCAAACAAGACAGAGAGAAGCAGGUGGGGUUAUGGGUCUACAUUUCCCAUUACAGAAAGGCUAGAAUCAGUGAUAUUUUCUUACUCCUUUUUUUGAUAAUCAGAGAUGCAGGAUGGAUGUCUGGAAAUUAGAUGGAGGAACAGAUAGAAAAGGAGUUGGAAUCUUUGAUAUUCAGCCAUUAACAAUUAUAAUAAGGCCAGCACCAAUAAAUGGAUAUUUGAAGUUAUAUCAAAGCUAUGAAAACUGCUGGGAAAGGGACAGCUGACAGACCACACGAUGACUGAUACAGAAAUAAGUUCUUGGUUUUUAUCAAUGACUUUUACCCCUGUCUCAGAAGGCAAAGAUUUAAAAAAAAAAUGGGUUUGGAGGAUUUCCAGGUUUUUUGUGGGUGUUUUUUUGUUUGUUUGUUUUCUGGGACUGGUUUUUUUUUUUUUUUUUUUUGCAUUAAUUGCAUGCACUACUGACACAGGCUAUAGAAUGUUUUUUGGUAACUCAUGUGUUGGAUAAAUAGUGUGUGUGUGUGUGUGUGUUUUUGCGUAUAUGCAUGUCCACACAUGCACACACACAUAUCUUUCUAUGAGGGCACACACAUGCACACAGAUGUACAGGGGUGUGCAGGUAUUUGAUAGAGUCAUCACAAGAAGGUGUCAUCAUUUUUAUUUUCCAUGAGCUGGCGUGAAGAAAGGCACACAAAAGAAGAAAAUAUGACUUGCAGGGUAGCAUAUAGAAGAAUUUUUUCCUGCUAUUGCCACCUGGUUUGACCAGAAGCCAGCCAUCCUGGUUAGUUUUAUGAGAGAUGCACUGAGAUUAUGCUGCAGAGGAUAAACUCUCACUGCUGCAGCUGGGCUGUGCGCCUGGCCCUCCUCACACAUGGCAGCUCUCUGCUCCCACACUGCCAGAAAGUCUGCUGGCUCUCUGUUUCAUGGCUAUUGGUUUAAUUUGGCCCCUGAAGCCCCUGAGCACCAAGAUGAAAGGAUAAAACUGUCCUCUGAUAGAUUUGGUGGCAAGUGCCAAGCACAGCAAAAGUUAAGGUAUAAAAUAAAGAAGAUAUUCAUAGUCUAAAUGCAAAUUUUAACACCUUGAAGUAUAUGAUAUAUUUGUUAAUAGGGAAAAAACAAGAUAAAAACAUUUCUUUGUGCAUUUUAAAAGCAUUCUAAAACUGUCUCUGACAUUUUAACACCUUGUCUUUCAAAUCAGCAUCAAUGGCGCAACAUCAGGGAAUACAUGGGACAGAAAGUACAAACCCCUUGAUCUGGGCCAGGCAUGGUCAGCUGGAUGUGAAAAGAACUAAAUGGCCUCAGCCAAAGGCAGGACAGGACAAAAGUAGUUUGCAAGGCAAGGCACAGGAGACACUGAAAAAACAUUUAGACUUUUAUUAUUCAUUACUGGGUGGUGGUGGAUGAGGUUGGCUAUUUUUGGCCUGCAAAGGAAGAUUUUGCAUUUCUUGAAUUCUUCAUGUAGUAGAAGGAGAAGAAGAAAGCAAAAUAGUGUGUUCUCAUUCAGGUUUUGCUGGGGCUGUGUGCAUCUAAACCACAGCUAACAACUACUGCAAUAAUUGGUUGCAUAAACUGGUGAAUAAACAAAUAUGACAAAAAAAAAAAAGAGCAAUAAUUUACAAAUGGCUAAUGAUUUGUGUUUUCACUGCUUGGCCAUUCAUUGGUCAGUCCAUAAAAUUGUUAACAACUGCCCUGGACUAGCUGACUCACAUGGGCACAAACUGAAACACAGAGCAGGUGCUUAAAUGGUUUUAAGUGGAUUGCUAAGGGCUCCUGGAUCCCAAUGUAUUUGAAAUGAACACAUAUUGAGGUCAAUGUGUGUGUGUGUGUGUGUGUGUGUGUCUUGUUUUUACAGCUGUUAUCAUUGUGAAUUUCUUCAGCACCAAAAGAGGUGUGUGUCUCACCUUUCAUUUCUAGUUUUGAAUGUGAUUAAACAAAAUAACCAAGAGUGUGAAAGGCGAUGAACGGGACAAAGUGAAAACACAAAUCUGUUCCCAGUGUUGCAGUGGAUUAGCCUGGGAAUAUCAGUCAAAGUCAAUGGCAAGUGCAUUAAAAAAUUCAGAGGAAAGGAGAACUCUUUAUAAGCCUUCUGGUUUUUCCUUUCUGUGGCAUCUGAACCACCAAAAUCCCCAACAUGCAAACAAGCACCUUUUUAAUUUUAGUUUUUUUUAAUUCUAAAGGUUCUUGAAUAAUCACAGGCUUAAAGUAAAUAUUUUUAAAGUCAUUAUACGUGCACACCAGGUCUCCUAAUAUUCCAUUCACAGUAUUUUCAUGCUGACCAACAGUAGUGGGUGUGGGUUCCAGCCCCAUCCGAAAUAAUGAAAGGAAUGUAGUGGCUCUUGUGCUGCAGUCACUGCCCAGGAUGGUGUGUGGGCCUUUAGCGUGGAUAACUCAGUGCCAGCGUUUAUCAGAGCUGUAUUUCUGUCAGUGAUGCAUCUAUUCUGCACAGGUCCUCUCUGCUCCAGAGCGUGCAGCCACGCUGAGGCUGGGCAGCUCUGUCCACCAGGGGCAUUCCACUGGAGCCAGCAGUGAGGAAUGCUGCUCUGAGCUUCCUGCUCUGCACAGUGCUGCGGUGCUGGUGGCUGCCAGAAGGAUAAGGAGUAGGGAAAAUGAAGAAAAUAUAAAAUAUAAGGUAUUUGUUUUCUUACUUUGGUUCUAAUUUAGACCAAUAUAUAACUUAGGAAGCUAAACAGUAAUGCUGCAUCUAAUUAGAACCUUUAUGAUGUUGAGACAAGGUUUCUUACUGCUUCAGUCAAUGCAUUUUAGAGGAGAUCUCUAUAAAGUAAAAAAAGCAAACAACCCAGAGCACAGCAUAUAGGCAAUUGAAUAAAUGUAAUAAAACCCAUAGAUUUUUCAGAAACAAAAAAUUGUGGCAUAUGAGCAUUUUGUUGACUGGAUGAUAACUAGUAGGAACCAAAUAGGAAUGUCAGCAGAAGUUAUGUCAAGCAGUUAAAAAAAUUCUGCUUCUGCCAUGGUCCCAUAGCUUGGGACACACAUGCUUAGCCAAUGCAAAUACUCUAACCUCUGGUAAGAAAAAAAGAAAAAAAAAAGAAAAAAAAAGGAAAAAAUAUAUUACUUUAACUUUCUCAUUUCUGUAGAGCUCAAAACUGAUGAAACCACUUUUUCUUCCUUUGGAAAAAACACACACAUGCAAAUACAUAUAUACAAUAUCUUCUGAUUGUUUCACAUGUCUACAUUAGUUAUAGUUUGGAAGUGGAGAUGGUGAGGGGUACACUGAGAACCAGCUAGCAUCUUAAAAGUUCAUCAAGAAAAAGGAGUAUGACUUCAUCACUUUACUUUUACCAUCAUGGGUUGGUGAGAGAGAACAAAUGCUGGUGCUCAGAAAUGAUCUACCUGACUUUGUCAUAUGUAAUAUCCAGUGAAAAAUAUAUUGUCCUGUAAAAAGGGUUUGUACAUAACUUGUACAUUGUUUCAUUUUGUAUUUUUCUCAGAUUAAAAUUUAUGUAUUUGUGUUCUAAAAGAAGGA